GAGUAAUCCUUACCAAUGGAAGUUGUCGGUAUACUAAUACGUAAUUCCUCGAAUGAGACACGUAACUCUCAUCUCCAUGAAACCUUGCAAGAUAAGGGAACCCGAAGACGGGACAGUGACGGGGGUGGAUACGAGAGGCAGUGUGAGAGUCGCCAGGAGCGUGUCGACACACUACGUAUAUCUGAGACGCGACGCCUGCUGCUCCCCACAACGCACCACGCUCAGGCCGACAUGAAGUGGAUAGCGACGCUUGCUGUGGCCGCAGCCGUUGUUGGCCUCUCCUCGGCAGUGGAUAUAUGUCCGGCUCCCUUCGUUAAUUAUGAUCCUGAUUCAGUGGUGCCCAAGUGCCUCUUGUUCCUCACCACCUAUGGCACGUGGUAUACCAUGCUCAGCACCUGCGAAAUAGUGAAUGGCUCCCUCGCUAUGGUGAACGGGGACCUCCACAACAUCGUCUACAAGCAUAUUAUUGACACUCCAGCCUUGACGGAUAGAUGCUUUUGGAUCGGAGGCACUGACGAAGCCAUGGAGGGAACCUGGCGGUGGGAGUACGAUGGCUCAAAGAUACCUAUGAGCGGCCCUCACUGGGAUCCCUGCUCUCAGGAACCCAACGGAGGCACUAGGGAAAAUUACCUGGCCAUCUGUCCGAAGAAGUAUUACUACAGUGACUAUCCAGGAAGCAGCCAACACCACGCUGUCUGUCAGUACUUUUACUAAACUCGCUCGCUCGCUGCGCUGUACAUACUGUCAAUUUUUAAGGAACCGUUUCGGCGUCUCAUCUCGAUUGCUUUCAACAGGGUUUACGAGCGCAUUUACAGGAAGUUCCUGUAUCUUUCAAGGAUGUUUCCAUGAUUCUAGUGCCAGGUUAAGUAAGAAUUAACACCUUUUAACAAGCUGUAGUGAAAGCUAUUUUGGUUUUCAAGUUUCUUUUUUUUUUUUUUUAAUGCUACGCUAACAGGAUGUGUUCAUCUUUAAUGUGCUCUAGUGAAAAAUAUCAUUUGUUUUUUUUAUUAUUAUUAUUAUUAUUAUUAUUAUUAUUAUUAUUUAUUAUUAUUAUUAUUAUUAUUAUUAUUAUUAUUAUUACCAUUGUACUAUUGUCUAACAAGGAAUCUGCACCUCUAACAAGCUGCCCUGAAAUACA